GAUGUGAUUGCAUCCUGUUUGUUUGCCAGCUGCGGACUGUUGUUCUGUGUGGAGAUACAUCUGCAAAAACAGCGCGAUGGCUGACCAGUUGACAGAAGAGCAGAUCGCCGAAUUCAAAGAGGCUUUCUCACUCUUUGACAAAGACGGUGAUGGCACAAUCACUACUAAAGAGUUAGGUACUGUCAUGCGCUCACUUGGACAGAAUCCCACAGAGGCUGAACUGCAAGACAUGAUCAAUGAAGUGGAUGCUGAUGGAAAUGGCACGAUAGACUUCCCAGAGUUCCUGACCAUGAUGGCGAGGAAGAUGAAAGACACAGACAGCGAGGAAGAGAUCAGAGAAGCAUUCCGUGUCUUUGAUAAGGAUGGGAAUGGAUACAUCAGCGCAGCGGAAUUGCGUCACGUCAUGACAAACCUUGGAGAGAAGUUGACUGACGAAGAAGUUGAUGAGAUGAUUCGAGAAGCAGACAUUGAUGGAGAUGGACAGGUUAACUACGAAGAAUUUGUACAGAUGAUGACAGCGAAAUGAAGGCCUUGUACAGAUCCGCCCUCUUUUUUAUAAAUAAUUUGCCUUUUUCUGUUUAAUUUAUCUGUAAAACGUCAAAUCCCCUCCCCUGUUCUUCCUACCGGCUGUCCAAAGGAACUGCAUGUAAACUGCAUAGGAUCUUCAGUCCUCCAUGUCCCUCUUUUUUAUUUGCUGUCAUCGUGUUUUUGGAGUGGUGGUGCGGUUACACGAUCAGGUGCUUGUUGCCGCGAAGAGGGGGUUGUGAUGUGCCAAACUUUGCACGUCACGUCUGUCUGCCCCCCUCAUGCGUAGCAAGAGUGGAGACCUGCCUGCUGGUUGUCUUUGAACAGCGACGUUGGCAUGGCAACAAUGUAGAGAAGUAACUCUGCAUGGACUAUGGACAAAGUAUAUAAUAUAUGAAAUUUCUCAGCAUUGCACUUCUGCAAAAAAAGAAAAUGACACGGGUGUAUCUACAAGAUACUCGUACAUAAACUCUUUUUGUAUCUGCUGUUCUAUACCAAGAACUUGUUUGAACCUAACAAUGCUUUUUAAUGUUUUACUCACUUCACAUUAGUUCUUUCUUUUUCUUUUUUUUUUUUUUUAAAGCCGCUUAAUGGCAUUAAGUCAUGCCUCGGGUAGUGCAUUCCAAGUUGUAUAUUUGUUUUCCAAUAAAAUUUACAAUUUACCCAUACUGAAAAGUUUCUUUGUUUGCAAAGCAAUCUCUGAUUAAAAAUUCUGUUAAUUAUGCAUCCUAGAGCUGAUCAGUGGUUUUAACUAACUUAAUUUCGUAAUCAAACAUGUUUACAAUAUUCAUUGUAAUGGUGGAAACUAUACAUUUGUAAGUCACUAAAUGAUGAGUCUCUGAGUCACCUGAAAGAUUGCUAUGUGUAUUCACAGGAUAGCACUGGGAUGAGACCUCUGUCAAAAAAACUAAACAAAAGCUUAUUAAAGUUCUCUUGAAUGAC